UCUCGCGGUAGCGUCUUUUUCGGUGCCGUUUUGUGGAAUAAAAUACUAUCAAAUUCUUCUUCUCUCAUCGACUUUUUUACUCCAUUUUCAUCGCUCUUUCUCUACUUUCCUCAAUCUCUCAUUCUCAGAUCCAUUCAAUUUCCCUUUGCUCUUCUCCUCUUCGAGAGCUUCGUUCCAGCUCUUGAAAAACGAGUUAGAGCCCACCAAAUUCAACCAUUUUCACUCCAUUAAUAUUUCGAAUUCAUUGUACAAGAUAAGGCUAAGUUUUCGUUGAUAAUUUUGUGGGUUUGAUGGAAAUACUUUGGAUGAAUUCGAAUUGAUUGAGAAGAAAGUGUGAAUGGUGUUAUUCUGAAAAGGAAGGACGAGAACAGCGUCAUUUUUUUUUUUUUAUUGUAAUAAGUUUGUUGGGAUGGACAUUGCCUCGCUAUUAAAACGCGGAAUAUCACGCCAAUUCUCAACUGGGUCGUUGAGAAGGAGUGGGAAAUACAGUUUCCGGAGGCAGAACUCGGUGGACCCAAAACGGAACAAUUUCCGGUUCAGCUUUGGGAGGCAGUCUUCAUUGGACCCCAUAAGGCGGAGCUCGGUGGAGGAUGAUGGGCUGACGGUGCCGGAGAAUUUGGACUCCACAAUGCAGCUGCUAUUCAUGGCGAGUAAAGGGGACGUGAAGGGAGUGCAGGAUUUGCUGGAUGACGGGAUUGAUGUAAAUAGCAUUGAUUUGGAUGGGAGGACUGCUUUGCACAUUGCAGCCUGUGAGGGGCAUGUGGGGGUUGUUAAUCUUUUGCUAAGUAGGAGGGCAAACAUCGAUGCUCGCGAUCGAUGGGGUAGCACGGCUGCUGUUGAUGCCAAGUAUUACGGAAAUAUUGAAGUUUAUAAUAUUUUGAAGGCCCGGGGGGCCAAAAUUCCAAAAACCAGAAAGACGCCAAUGACUGUUGCAAAUCCACGGGAAGUUCCAGAAUAUGAGCUCAACCCACUAGACAUCCAAAUUAGGAAGAGCGAUGGUAUCGCAAAGGGAUCCUAUCAAGUUGCUAAGUGGAACGGCACAAAAGUUUCUGUCAAGAUACUUCACAAGGAUAGCCAUUCAGACCCUGAAUGCAUAAAUGCUUUUAAGUAUGAGUUGACCUUGUUAGAGAAGGUCCGGCAUCCUAAUGUGGUUCAGUUUGUUGGUGCUGUCACCCAAAAUGUCCCUAUGAUGAUCGUUUUGGAGUAUCAUUCAAGAGGUGAUCUUAGUGGCUAUCUUCAAAAGAAAGGACGUCUAUCUCCAUCAAAAGCGUUAAGAUUUGCCAUUGAAAUUGCCAGGGGCAUGAAUUGUCUUCACGAAAGCAAACCGGACCCAAUAAUUCAUUGUGAUUUAAAGCCAAAAAAUAUUUGGCUGGAUAGUGGAGGGCAGCUGAAGGUAGCAGGAUUCGGUGUCAUUAGGUUAUCAACAAUUUCCCCUGACAAAGCAAAAUUACUGCAACCUGAGGCCAUAGAUCGUUCAAGUUUUUACGUGGCACCUGAAAUUUAUAAAGAUGAAAUAUUUGACAGAAGUGUGGAUGUGCACUCUUUUGGUAUUAUGCUUUAUGAGAUGAUUGAGGGUGCUCCACCAUUUUCUUCCAAGACUCCCGAGGAAGCUGCAAAGUUGAUGUGCCUAGAAGGAGAAAGACCAGCUUUCAAGUCAAAGUCUAAAUAUCCUUCAGAUCUAAAAGAGUUGAUUGAACAAUGUUGGCAUCCAGAUUGUGCCAUGCGGCCGAUGUUCUCUGAUAUCAUUUUGCAACUGGAUAAAAUUAUUACGAAUGGCUCUAAACAUGGAUGGUGGAAAGACACUUUCAAACUCCCUUGGAAAUAAGCGAUGCAUGCAAUUUAAUGAACAGGAAAAAGUCGUCAUUAUACGAUACCUAUCGACUUAAAAGUUGGUUGUUCUGUGCUCUUAUUGUGAAUCAAAUAAUGAUGGAUGGAUCUCAGGACUGUUUAUUGGGAGCUUCAAAUUUGUACUUCGGUGAUAAUCUGUAAUAUGGAAGAUCGCGAGACGAAUAAAUGUAUGAUAGCUUGAAAUAAUUUUUGUUGUUUUGCAUUGCUCAAAAUAUGCUUGCUAUAUGAGAAGGUUGUUUUGUAAGAUAGUUGCCUUAGAAUAUGAGAAUGUACCAUAAACAUAUCUUCUUGUGAUGUUGUCAUGGAACUCUGUGAUAUUGGAUUAUUUUGAAUUAUUUA